AUGGACGAGUGGACGGGGUAUGUGAUAGUUAUGAGGCGUGGCGCGCAGCCAGUCACAGCUGUGGCUCGCGAGCGAAGAUUAAACGCUGGAAUGGACGAAGUAGUCCUGGUUCACAAGAUAACUAGAGCAAAGAGACGCGUGCGGAUAGCUGCCGAGAUCCUACAGCAAUGUUUCAAUGUCCGGCACGCGCAACUACUGAUUCCGGCGACACCUACCGUCCUAUCCAACAGCCGAGAAGACUACCGACGCGGUCGCGAUCGCUCCCCGAUGACCGGCACAGGAGCUCCCGGCGGCGGCCCUCCCGCUGGCUUCAGUGGUGGCCAACCUCCUCAGCGCUCAUUCGAAGACAGAGCUGCUGCCCGCGAGCAGAUGAUGUCCAACGUGCGCGAAUCGUCCCAACAAGACCGCCGAGUCUACGUGGGCAACCUCUCGUACGACGUCAAGUGGCAUCAUCUCAAGGAUUUUAUGAGACAGGGUGAGGAAUUCGAGACUGGAGAUGUUCUCUUUGCCGACGUAUUGCUGCUUCCUAAUGGAAUGUCGAAGGGAUGCGGAAUUGUGGAAUAUGCGACCAGGGAUCAAGCCCAAGCGGCUGUUACCCAGCUUAGCAACCAGAAUCUCAUGGGUCGUCUUGUAUAUGUCCGCGAGGACCGCGAAGCUGAGCCCCGGUUCAUCGGAUCUAGUGGCGGCAACAAUCGUGGCGGUUUCGUUGGUGGCAAUAUGCAUGGCGGCGGCGGCCCAGGCGGAUUCAACCCCGGAUACGGGGGUGGCCACGGCCAUGCUGGCCCGGGCGGACCUGGAGCUGGCGGCCCAGGCGGCCACGCUGGCCCAGGCGGCCCAGUCGGCGCUGGUAGCGCUGGUCGUCAAAUCUAUGUUGCCAACCUCCCUUUCAACAUUGGCUGGCAAGACCUUAAGGAUCUUUUCAGACAAGCAGCUCGCAACGGUGGUGUUAUCCGAGCGGAUGUUCACUCUGGCCCCGACGGUCGCCCCAAGGGCUCUGGCAUCGUGGUAUUUGAAAGCCCCGACGACGCUCGCAGCGCCAUUCAGCAGUUCAACGGCUACGACUGGCAAGGACGCAUCAUUGAAGUCCGCGAAGACCGCUUUGCUGGAGCCGGUAACAUGGGCUUCGGCGGCCGCGGCGGUUUUGGUGGUGGAAUGCGUGGCGGUUAUGGCGGAGGAUUCGGUGGCCGUGGAGGAUUUGGAGGCCGUGGAGGAUUUGGAGGCGGCUUUGGCGGCCGUGGUGGCUUCGCCGGAGGUCCUGGUGGCUUUGAUGGCCCCCCUUCGGCAGCCGCUGCGCCUAACCCAUUUACGGAUAAUGCUACCUCCGGUACCGAACGCAGCGAAAUCAUCUAUGUCCGCAACCUCCCCUGGUCAACUAGCAACGACGAUCUCAUCGAGCUGUUCACUACUAUAGGCAAGGUCGAACAAGCCGAAAUCCAGUAUGAGCCAAGCGGCCGCUCGCGUGGCAGUGGCGUGGUCAAGUUCGACACCGCCGAAACUGCCGAGACAGCCAUCUCCAAGUUUCAAGGAUACCAAUAUGGUGGACGCCCCCUCAACCUGAGCUUUGUCAAAUACGUGACCCAGCAGAUUGGCGAGCCCAUGGAAGCUGAUCCUCACGCCGGCUUAACUCAGGACCAGAUGAUGUUGAGCUCUCAUCUGCCAUGUUCCCUUUAUCAUAAAGGGAGGCAAGACUUUCAUUCCAUUCCCCUGCUUGUUUGGGAAACUACGCAGCCUCUUUGUGUGCUUGGAAUUACGGAAAACUGGUUCGCAGAAGUAGAGAAGACAGCCUAUAUCUGCAGAGACGAUAUGGGGCUAUUUGAGAUUGUAGGAUGA